AUGCUGCCUUACCUGUUCCCUGAGCUGUCCACCUUUGCUACCGUCGCAGAUCUUAUCACCCACCUUCGCACUAGUGACGCUCGCCUGCGUGCCGCCCUUCCCACCGAGUUCUGCGCUAAGAACCCCCCUCCACUGUACUGGACACUCCACUUUAUAGUCACCCGUCUCCCUGACACCCUUAGCUCAGUGCGCGACCAUUUCCUUGCUCGCUGUCCCACUGAGCUCACUGUCGCCCUCCUAGAGGAGAAACUGCUAGCAGCCGAGAAGAGCAUUGUAGCUGUAGGUGCUGCUCGUGGCGCUCCUCGCACCCCCAUCUUUGAGGGGUGUUCUCCCUCUCCCCUCGCUCCCUCCUACGCUACUGCUGCUGCUGUUGACUUCCUUGGUGCUGAGUCUGCUGGCGCUGCUUCUGCUCCUGGUGGGAGGCGCCGCACUGAUAAGGGCAAGGGGGGCAAGGGUGGCGGGGGUGGCGCUGGGGGGGGAGGAGGUGGGGGAGGUGGGGGGGGAGGCGGUGCUGGAGGGAGCGGUGGCGGGAGUGCUGGUGGGAGUGGGGUCGGCGGUGGCGGUGGUGGCGGUGGCGGCGGUGGCGGCGGUGGCGGUGGUGGCGGUGGUGGCGGUGGCGGUCGGAGCGGUGGUAGUGGUGGCGGCGGAGGUCGGAGUGGAGGCACUGGCUCGGGCCAGAGCUCCCAGCAGCAGCAGCGUCCCCAGACGACCCAGCAGCUUCGUGAGUGGCUUGCUCAGCGUGGGACGUCGGGGGGCAGUGGCCGCUGUUCCUAUGUCAUUCGCACAGGUGAUCGCAAGGGACAGACGUGUGGGAGGUUUCACACCCCGUACCGCUGCUUCUCCCGCCUUGACGACGCUUGGCGUGAGGAGAUGGGCGAGGAUGUUGAGCGCCCCCGCUGGGCUGAGCUCAUGAGGGCUGGUGUUGAUAUCUUUGCUCUUGACUAUGAUGCUAUUAUUGCUGCCAUGUAUGCAUUGACUGUUAGUGCCGAGGGAGACUGUUACUUGUGUGUGCCGCCUGACCCAGGUAUAGAGCCCGCUGCCCUGGGUACUAGUGAGUCUGCUCUCUCAGGUACAGCACCCACAGAGACUGCUCUCUCAGGUACCGCACCGGCUGAGGCCUGUCACACCUUCACCCUUGACUCAGGUGCUUCCCGCUGUUUCUUUCGUGACAGUACUGAGCUCACACCGCUUCCUGCACUGGUCCCAGUCUCCUUGGCUGACCCCUCUGGGGGCCCAGUCCUUGCCCAGUCCACCACUGUGCUCCCUUGUCCGGCGGUUCCGUCUGGCUCGUUGUCGGGUUUCCACCUCCCCUCGUUCUCGACGAACCUGGUGAGCAACGCUGUCAUCCAGGAUCAGUGGGUUGACACCUUUACCCCUGGAGGACAGCGUGUGGCGAUCUGCACGUGCUCCAGGACCGGCCGUCACCUGGCUACGUUUACCCGUCGGCCGGGGUCGAGUCUCUACACACUGACCACUGCGUCUCCUCAGGUCGCUGCUGUCGGUCAGGUGUCCGCGUCAGGUCUGGUGGCCCACGCCUGUGAGUGUCGUUCCCUGUCGCACCAGACUCUUCUCUGGCACCACCGCCUGGGUCACCCCUCCUUGCCACGCCUCCGUGGCAUGCACCGUCGCCACCUUGUGUCUGGUCUUCCCAGGUCCCUCCCUCCCCUCCCUGCCUCGCCUGCGCCGCCUUGCCUUCCUUGCGUCGAGGGGCGGCAGCGCGCCGCUCCUCACUCCUCCUCGUUCCCCCCGACAGAGGCUCCUCUGCAGACCCUCCACCUGGACGUGUGGGGCCCAGCCCGCGUUCGUGGCCAGGGCGGUGAGCGGUACUUUUUGCUGGUUGUCGACGACUACUCGCGUUACACCACGGUCUUCCCCUUGCGCACCAAGGGUGAGGUCCCUGCUGUUCUGAUCCCUUGGAUCCGCACAGUUCGUCUCCAGCUCCGCCGCCGUUUCCGGACGGAUCUUCCUGUCCUGCGUCUGCACUCUGACAGAGGUGGUGAGUUUUCCUCCGAUCUCUUGAGGACCUUCUGUCAGGCGGAGGGCAUCGAGCAGACCUUCACGCUUCCGGACUCCCCACAGCAGAAUGGGGUUGCUGAGCGCCGCAUUGGCCUGGUCAUGGAGGUCGCUCGUACCUCCUUGGUCCACGCGGCGGCUCCCCAUUUUCUGUGGCCGUUUGCUGUCCGGUACGCCGCGCAUCAGCUCAACCUCUGGCCCCGUGUCUCCUUGCCGGAGACCUCGCCCACACUGCGUUGGACGGGGGAGGUUGGCGAUGCGUCGCGCUUCCGGGUGUGGGGUGCUCGUGCCCUUGUCCGCGAUACGUCCGCGGACAAGCUCUCCUCCCGCACACUUCCCUGUGUCUUCCUUGGCUUUGUCCCUGACGCGCCUGGCUGGCAGUUUUACCACCCCACCUCGCGCCGGGUCUUCGCCUCUCAGGACGUCACCUUUGACGAGUCGGUCCCUUUUUACCGUCUCUUCCCCUACCGCACUGCCCCCCUCCCUCCCCCGCCGCUGUUCCUUGCUCCUGGUCCCCCUCCGGUAGACCCCCUUCCCCCUCAGGGUCCUGCUCCUUCAGGUGUCUCUCAGGUAGACCCUCCUCCCGUCGCUGAGCCUGUCGAGGUCACAGGUGACUCAGGUGCUGCUGCAGGUGGUGCUGCUGGGAGUGCUGAGUCUGGGGGUGCUGAGCCUGCGGGUGCUGGGCCUGGGAGUGCUGGGACUGCGGGUGCUGGGGCUGAGGGUACUGUGCCUGAGAGUUCGGCGCCUGGGGGUGCUGUGCCUGGGGGUGCUGCGACUGGGAGUGCUGAGCCUGCGUGUGCGGAGUCUGGGGGUGCUGCGCCUGCGGGUACUGAGCCUGGGGGUGCUGCUACUGAGCCUACGGAGCCUCGGGUUGCUGCGUCUGGGGGUGCUCCGGUUCGGGGUACUGAGCAGUCUCUCACACCGCAGCAGCUUCGUGACUGGUACGUCUGGCGCUUUCGCCGUCUACGUGGCUCGGCUGGAGCUGGCGGUGCUAGCGGAGUUGGAGCUGCCGACUCUGGGGGUGCUCUUCCUAGCGGUGCUGCGGACCCUGGGGGUGGCGCUACUGCUGGUGCUGCGGACCCACCUGGUGGAGCUGCUGCUGGUGCUGAGGACCCGAGCGGUGGCGCUGCUGCUGGUGCUGGGGACUCGGACGUUGGAGCUGCUGCUGGAGCUGAGGACCCGAGCGGUGGCGCUGCUGCUGGUGCUGAGGACCCGGACGUUGGAGCUGCUGCUGGAGCUGAGGACCCGAGCGGUGGCGCUGCUGCUGGUGCUGAGGACUCGGACGUUGGAGCUGCUGCUGGAGCUGAGGACCCGAGCGGUGGCGCUGCUGCUGGUGCUGAGGACCCGGACGUUGGAGCUCCUGCUGGUCCUGAGGACCCGGCCGCUGGAGUCUCUUCUGCUUCUAGAGACGCUGCGCGGCCGCGAUCGUACUUCUCACAGUUACCGCCUGCCUCGCCUCUCCCUGCUCCCUCUCCUUACACUGGUCCCACAGGAGGUCUUACAGAGCGUCGUGAGCCUGAGUCUCGUCCUGCGUCGCCUGUUCGUCCUGCUCGCACUGCUCGUCGUGUCCGUCGUGAGCGUCCUCCUCCUGUCCCAGGCACUCACUACAUGACUCUGCGUCCCUCCACUGCUCCUCAGCGUGUCCCUCUACCGUCUCCUCCUGCGUCCUCUUUGCCUGACGUUCCGGACCCUGAGUCUGACCGGUAUCAUGCUGAGCACCCUACUGUCACGCGUCUCCUCGCUACUGUUGUCACUGACCCUACCUUUGAGUCCUCGGCUGCGUCUGCUCUGGUCGCUGAGUUGGUUGACUUUGCUGCUGCCUGUCGUCUAGACUACGCUGCUAGCCUUGUUGCUGAGUCUGAGUCUGCGUCUGUCUGUCCUCCGUCCGUCGGGGGUGAGUGUGCUCUUGGCACGGACGUCCUUGAGGACAGGCAGGAGGACUUUGACUCUCUCGCGGCUGCUGUACCUCAUCUCGUGGCCUGGUUGCUUGCCCCUGAGGGAGACCCGGAUGCACUAGACAUCCCCACUCCGCGCACUUACGCAGAGGCGAUCUCGGGUCCCUACUCCUCUCAGUGGCAGACAGCCAUGGACGCAGAGAUGGCAUCCUGGAAGUCCACAGGCACCUACGUCGAUGAGGUUCCCCCUCCUGGGGCGAACAUCGUCGAUGGCAUGUGGAUUUUCAGGGUGAAGCGGCCACCAGGUUCUCCGCCUGUCUUCAAGGCUCGUUACGUUGCUAGAGGCUUCAGUCAGCGUCAGGGGGUCGACUUCUUCCAGACCUUCUCCCCCACCCCGAAGAUGACCACUCUUCGGGUUCUGCUGCACGUUGCUGCUCAGCGUGACUACGAGCUUCACUCUCUUGACUUCAGCACAGCGUUCCUGCAAGGCAGCCUACACGAGGAGAUCUGGCUGCGCCGCCCACCUGGCUUUACUGGGUCGUUUCCUCCUGGUACCCAGUGGAGCCUCCGCCGGCCAGUCUACGGUCUCCGCCAGGCGCCACGUGAGUGGCACGACACACUGAGGACUACACUUGCGGCUCUUGGGUUCGCGUCGUCUUCUGCUGACCCGUCGCUGUUUCUGCGCACAGACACGUCGCUGCCGCCGUUCUACAUUCUCGUGUACGUCGACGACUUGGUCUUUGCUACAGCUGACACUGAGGCACUCGCUCGAGUGAAGUCGGAGCUACAGAAGAGACACACCUGCACUGACCUGGGUGAACUGCGUAGCUACCUUGGCUUGCAGAUCACCCGGGACAGAGCUCGCCGCACCAUCACCCUGACUCAGUCACACAUGGUGCAGCAGGUCCUUCAGCGCUUCGGCUUCCAGUUCUCCUCACCACAGGCCACACCUUUGGCCACCAGCCACUCGCUCUCAGCUCCACCUUCGGACGAGUCCGUAGAGCCGAGUGGCCCGUACCCAGAGCUUGUAGGCUGCCUCAUGUACCUGAUGACUUGCACGCAACCUGACCUCGCGUACCCUCUUAGCAUCCUUGCUCGUUACGUUGUGUCAAAAUAA